AUGGUAAUAUUAUUGACUAUGCCAUUGUAUUUACAAAAUAGCAUAAGCUCCCAUGGUUUUUGUACUACUACUACUACUACUACUACUACUACUACUACUACUACUACUACUACUACUACUACUACUACUGCUACUACUACUACUACUACUACUACUACUACUACUACUACUACUACUACUACUACUACUACUACUACUACUACUACUACUACUGCUACUACUACUACUACUACUACUACUACUACUACUACUACUACUGCUACUACUACUACUACUACUGCUACUACUACUACUACUACUACUACUACUACUGCUACUACUACUACUACUACUACUACUACUACUACUACUACUACUACUACUACUACUACUACUACUACUACUACUGCUACUACUACUACUACUACUACUACUACUACUACUACUGCUACUACUACUACUGCUACUUCUGACGGAAGAAGACUAAUAUAUAUUUAUAUACUUAGCUACGUUAUAUAA